AACAAACAAUAAUUUCCCUGCCCUGCGCUCUCCCCUUCGUCAUACUUUCCCCCGACUCCUAAGGGGGUGUUUGUGGCGUUCUUUUUUCCCUUCGUAUCUGACUUUGCCGAGAAGAGCUCGAGAGAGAUGGGCCAAUCCGCCGCCCUGUUAUCUCUCCUACUCUUCUUCCUCUCGGCUCUCGCGCCGGCGCUCGGCGAGCGGCUCAGCGCGAGGGAGUGCGAGAACCUAGGGUUCACCGGUCUCGCCCUGUGUUCCGAUUGCAAUACCUUCGCCGACUACGUCAAGGACAAAGAAUUGGUAUCAGAUUGUCUCAAGUGUUGCUCAGAGGAUUCUGAUGAUUCCAUUAGUAAGGUAACGUUCUCUGGUGCAAUUCUGGAGGUAUGCAUGAGAAAGCUGGUGUUCUAUCCUGAAGUUGUAUCAUUCAUCGAUGAAGAGAAAGAUGAAUUCCCCUACAUCAAAGUUCAAUAUGCCUAUGGUUCUCCACCAAAACUUAUAAUGCUUGACAAUGAGGGUCAGCAGAAGGAAACCAUAAGAAUUGACAAUUGGAAGCGCGAGCACAUUCGACAGUUCUUGAGAGAGAAGGUGAAGCCUGGCACCGUGGAAAUGUGAAAGGCAUGCUUCAAGUUCCUUCUAUAUGAUACGUCAGAGAUUUCGUACCUUACCUGAUUUAUGUGCGACUAAUUUAUUUGAUUUGAUGCAUGCAAAAAAACACAUGCUUGGAGCAAAAAAGCUGUUAUUUUUCACUUAUUUGAUUAUAGUACAGCACAGUUGUAAUUUUUCAUUUAGCAGGUUAUAGUACAAAAAACACCUAUGAUCUGUGUUCUUGUUAUGUUAUAGACUAAUCUGACAAUAUUUCACU